AUGGAGGCCAAACAGAAGCUGGAAACGCUCCUAAGCGAGCUAGAGAAGGUGAACAGUCUACCGAGGCUGUCAUCGGCAGUUCAAGAUGUAGAUCAGGUCAUCCAGCUUCUCAGCGAAGCUCGGGAACAGAUCGCCGGAGCAAUGGAUCCGCACACCGCGAGCAUGACUAUGACGAGACUCCAGAAUCCCAUCAAGUUCGCCUUCGGAAAGGUCAACGACGAUUUGAAGGCCGCAUCGUCGGCACACAAGAAGCUAGGCAGGUCGUUGGACAAGCAUUUCCCCCUCAAGGAACUCCCCACCGAUAACGCCUGUAUGGACGACCACCUCCCACUCAUCAACCGCGCGAUCGCCAUGCAUUUACUGCGGGAAGGCCAGUUUUCUGUUGCCGCGACGUUUAUAAACGAAGUUCAAACCAAAAACCCGGCAGCUCCCGCGGCGGCGGUGACGAGUGGCCCCACCUAUGAUGAACCCAUGGACGAAGAUGAAGACGAGGACGAGGACGAGGAUGAUUACAACGUCGACGAAGAGGACGAUGAGAACGAAGACCACAUCGAAGCCGACCCGCCGCCGGCGAACCAAAACAACGAGGAUGAUGAGUACGACCUAAACUCACUCCACUCUCAAGAACUCCAGGACAAGUUCGCCGAGAUGUACAACAUUUUGCAGCAGCUGAAAGCCCACAAUCUGCUGCCUGCUAUCGAGUGGGCACGCUCCAACUCGGCCGAAUUGGAAGCCCGUGGCAGCAAUCUAGAAUUUGAGUUGUCCAAGCUCCAAUACGUUUGGCUGUUUAUGGGCCCAGGAGUCGACGGCCUUCCCAACGACGCCCAGAGCGGCCGCUUCGGUGCGCUUGCCUACGCCCGCCAGAACUUUGGCCGCUUUCGGACUCGCCACCUGCGCGAGAUUCAGGAGCUCGCGUCGGCCAUGGUCUUUGCGCCAAACCUAGCCGAGUCCCCUUACCACCUGACUUUUUCUGCUGUUUCCGCCACCUUCGCCGACGUUGCCGCCUCCUUCACCCGCGAGUUCUGCAGCCUGCUCGGCCUGUCUGCCGAGUCUCCCCUUUACCUCGCCGUCACAGCGGGUGCUCUCGCCCUACCGCGUCUCAUGAAGUACAUGCUCGCCACCCGUUCCAAAGGGACGGAGUGGACAACAACCUCGGAACUCCCCUUUGAAACGCCGCUACCGGAGAGCAUGCUUUUCCAUAGCAUCUUUGUCUGUCCCGUCUCCAAGGAACAGACCACCGAGGAUAACCCCCCCAUGGUGAUCCCCUGCGGCCACAUGCUGGCACGUGAGACACUGCAGAAACUGUGCAAGGGUAACCGUUUCAAAUGUCCCUACUGCCCAAGCGAGGGUUUGAUGAAGGAUGCCCGGAGGGUUGUCCUGUAG